AUGUUCGAUGAAUAUAUUAAAAAGUUUAACAAAACUUACAAAAACAAUACAGCUGAAUACGAGACUAGAUAUCGUUAUUUCGUGGAUUCUGUGAGAGAAAUAGAACAACUAAACUCUGAGGCGAGAGGCCCUGACCAGCACAGGGCUCGAUACGGGCUUACCAGAUUAUCAGAUUUGUCCAAAGCUGAGUAUAGGGACAUACAUCUUUCUGAUGAGCAACCUCACAAAAGAAGAGGUGACAGAACUAAGUAUGAAUACAAGAAAAAAAUUACACCGGGCAUUGUGGACGACAUUGACGUUCCUGAGAGUGACAAUUCCUCUGGCAAUGCUGCUCAUACCAACAUAUACAUAAGUAUUAGAACACGAAGGGCUACACUGCCUUUACAAGUUGAUUGGAGGACCAAGGGCGUGGUUGGGCCAGUGAGAGACCAGGGUCUGUGCGGGGCCUGCUGGGCUUUCAGCACGGUGGGAAUAAUCGAGACCAUGGCCGCGAUGAGCAGCGGGACGCUCCGACCUCUCAGCGUGCAGGAGGCCAUAGACUGUGCGGGCCUAGGCAACAGCGGGUGCGAGGGUGGCGACAUUUGUCUCCUCCUCGACUGGCUGAUGAUGACGAACACUCCCGUGCAGUCGGACAAGGACUACCCGCUGAAGCUCAAAGACGGCACGUGCAAGGCGAACACCAGCUCGGUUGGAGUUCGAGUGAACAGCUUCACGUGCAAUGAUUACGUGGACGCCGAGGACAAGAUCCUCGAGGCAAUUGCCACUCACGGGCCGGUCACUGUCGCUGUGAACGCCCUCACCUGGCAGAACUACCUGGGCGGGGUCAUUCAGUAUCACUGCAGCGGCCUGGCCCGCGACCUUAACCACGCGGUGCAGUUGGUCGGUUACGACCUCUCCGCCGACGUGCCCCACUACAUAGUGAAGAACUCUUGGGGCACGGCGUUCGGCAAUGGCGGCUACCUGAACCUGGCGAUCGGCUCAAACGUCUGCGGCCUCGCCAACGAGGUGGCCUCAGUGGACGUCAAG